CAUCUCUCAUUUUUCUCCUAGUAUAUAUGCAUCUCUCCCUUUCUCACUAGUCAGAACAACACAAAAAUUGGAGUCAAGCUCUCAGUCACUCAUCUCAAACUGUUCUGCAAAUCCUUCAGCCCUGACACCAUAUCCGGAUCGACUCCUUUGCAGUUGCAGUGCAAGUUCACUUGUUUACAGUGCAUAUCUGAAGAGUUGAAUUCUUGAUGGCUACGCAGAUGGUGGCGGACGGCGGGCUGAGGCGGCUAUUCGAGAAGCCGUUGCCGGAGAAUCCGACGCUGAUGGAGGCGCUGUCUGUGUUGAACCACGUCCACCACCCCAAGAAGCCCAUCGACCCGGCGUCCUUCACCGAGAUCUUCGGCGAGCUCCACUUCCAAGAGAAGCAGCCCGACCGAGACGUCCUGCCGCAGCCUGCGCCGGCGCCUCGCCCUCCUCCCCGCACGGCGUCGUGGCUCGACGUCGCCGCCGAGGCCGAGAAGAGCAAGGACGACUCGUCGCUGGACGCACUCCUCAGGCCCAAGCCGGCGAGCACCGUGAGGAGGAGCGCGAGCUUCUGCAUGAAGAAAAGUUCGGCGUCGCUGCUGCUCUGCACCGAGGGGCUCGGCUCCGAGAGCACCGUGGACGCCGACGACAUGCUCAAGGACGGCGACGCCGAGGCCGCCGCUCUCAUCGGCCACAGCAAGGACAUGGAGGCGGACAGGAGCGGCGACGUGGACGCCGCCGGUGCUGCGCAGGAAGGGAAGGAGGAGAAGCGCCCGCCGUCGUUCCCGCCGCCGAUACGGUCGAUCGGGCGCGGCGGGAAGCCGUGCGUGUGCUUCCGGUCGUUCCGGGAGGAUGGGCGGUUCGUGCUGAUGGAGGUGGUGAUCCCCGGGAAGGAGCUCCUGCAGGCGUACCGCGAGGGCGGACGGCUCAGGCUGCAGUUCGCCAACGGCGCCUCUGCAGCUGCCGCUGGCGUGGGCGUCGACGAGGACAUGCACGGAGAAGACGACGACGAAGCAAGAACGCAUGCAUAGACGAAGACAAUAGCCCACUGUUCUCGAUGUGCAAGAUAUAGUUAAGUCCAAGAAGGUUAUUAUUGGCAUACUUGCAUGUGUUGAUUAGUAGCCACAUGUACUCCUAACAAUGUUACCUAUACACAGACACACGGGUGUCCAAAUCUAACUCAAAUUCAGAUAUUGGCAAUUAUAAUGAGAAGGUCCAAGAUAGUACAAGUUUAUGCAAUACGGUGAUCAAAGAAAAGAUAC